AUGGCCAAACGCGCUCCUCAACCACCCCAGACACCAAAUCCUACUGGGCUCAUGAUCUUCCAACCAGAGCCCAUCGAGCCCGUUGCACCCUUUACAGGUGCCAUUCUCUACCCACUCGCAGAGAUUCUCGAGCUCGCAAGGGGGAUUAUUGCAAACCUCGAACGACAUCACCGUAUCCUCCUCCGGGAAGCGCAGGACCGUAUGGAUGACGAGGAAGAGGCUAUCCAGCUCAACAACCUUGUCGAUAUCAGUCUCACCGUCUAUGCUGUCGACCCGCUCCGAUGGAAGGGAACCGUCGAGGAGAACAAUCCCUAUCACGUCUGGAGCGAAAAGGAGCUCGACGGCUUGACGCACCCACGAAAGGCCGAAGAGGGUCUACUGGGCUUGUCGAGAAUUCCACGAGCAGAAUUCGUCAUCCAAGCGGCUAUUGAACGUCGCAAGGAGAAGCGCGGCAUCCCACCCUCGGACGAUCCAUACUGGCGAAAAGAAGACGCGCUAAUGAACCUCUUGCAAUUCUUUUCAAAUUGGUGCAACGCAGGUCUAUUCGUCCCCAGUUGA